AUGGCAACAGACUUAUUUUUUUGCAGCGGUUCAAUUAAAAUGCGUUUACAACACUUACUAUAUCUGAUUCAAUUGUCCAAUUAUCCAACAGUCUCUAACGAAUCAAUCUCAAUGAAGUUGGUUUCAAUGUUGAUGUGCAUUUGUGCAUGUUUUGUUGGUUUUGGUUUCGAAUUUAGUUUCGGAUUGGAUACAAAUGGUAUCCAUUCUUUAGAUAACGAUGUUAGAGGUUGCCGUUUAGAGAAACAGGUCAAAAAGGAGGAUUUGAUUUCACUUACCGAUCAAUUCAAAAAGUAUGUCCCUUUGGAUGAGAGAUCAUUUGAAAGUAAUGGGCUAAUUUAUUCUGGUAUGUUUAUUGAUCAUUUUCUUUCAAAAUUAAGUGCCUACUAUGAUAUAUACACUUUAAGGUACGAUGCAGUCGUGCCUUUGAUGCCCUUACCGAAUGAGUCUCACCUAAGAGUCAAAGGACAAAACUUUGAAUUAAAAUCAUACCCCUUGGCUUCAUCGUUCUACAAAUAUACAAAUAAUUUAAGGUUUCUAGAGAGGCAAGGAUGUGAUCCAGACGAUUACACCAUGUAUGCAAAUGAUACAGUCUUGAUAGUUCAAGAUGGAGGUUGUAGCAUUUACAAGAAAAGUGCUUUGGCUUGUUAUAAUGGGGCAGCAGCAUUGAUUGUUAGUAGCUCGCUGUUUUCUAUUACUGAAAAUAUUCUGAAAAGAUACCAAUAUAUCAUGGAUUCUACUUUCAAAAUUUAUGGAAAUGACUCUAAUAUGAUCCGAUGUUUAGUAAGACCAUUUCCAGCUGCUCUAAUGAAGACGGUCGAUCUUAAUGAAUUGAAGCUAUUAUUCUCUUACGGGAAAGAUAAUGUUUACAUAGGAUUUGAGCAGGGAUAUCACAAUUAUGCAGGUACAGCAUCAAAUAUUCUAGCAAUAAGUAAAGAUGGUAACCCUUCCAAUAUUGUUAUGGCAGGCGCAAAUUUCGAUUCAUUUCCAGACUCACCUGGAAUGAAUGAUAAUGGUUCUGGAAUCAUCUCGCUUCUUAAUAUUGCGAAGUAUUUAACUAAAUCUAAGUUAAAGAACAAGGUUGCAUUUGCAUUCUGGGGUUCGAAGGAAACAACCCCACAAGGUCACCUUAAUCCAAUUCUGGAUUAUUUCCGAGAUCACCUAAAAUUAUAUCUUAAUUAUGAUACCUUAGGAUCAUCUAAUUAUUUUCCUCAUAUAUUUUUUCCAUCGAAGUCUGAACUAUAUGAAAAUUUCACGAAGAAGCAAUUUGAACGGGAGAACCACAUAGCUGCUACUCAUUUAGAAUUUUUCCAAAAGAAUAACAUUUCAUGGAAGCCUUUCUAUGACAUGGAGCUUGAUGAAGAUUACUUCAGAAAAGUGUAUGGUGUUCCCGUCGGGGGACUCUUUUCAGGGUCAAAGGCUAAUAAAACAAAGGAGGAGAUACUUUUGACAAAUGGUACUGAAGGUCCCUAUGAUGCCUGCAAUCAUUUAUCGUGCGAUACAGAGAUAAAUUUUGAAGCACUUUUCAUCAAUACCCGGGCUGCUGCUUUCGCUGUUGGAAACUAUGCUGCUAAUUUAACUGGUUUUGAAGAUAAAGAACUUCUUCUUUAUGGUUAUGAUUAUCAUUAUGACUUCGAUAAUUUUGAUCUUCUUCUAGAAUAUUAUAACCAGCUUUAA